AUGGCCGCCGAAGUGCAGCUGCUGCAGCCCGUGAAGCUGCCCAAGGGCCCCUCGACGGUCACGUCGGAGCAGCAGUACUGGAACUCGUUCACGUCGGAGCUGCGCCUCGACCCGUCGCAGCACUCGUCGCCGGUCACGCACAUUUCGAUCCCGCCGCCGCCGCCCGCGAACACGCUCACGGCGCCCCAGGACCUGUUUGCCGUCACCACGGGCUCGCGCGUGCAGAUCUUCUCCGCCAAGACGCGCAAGGUGGUCAAGACCAUCUCGCGCUUCGGCGUCGACGACAUUGCGCGCUCGGGCAACCUGCGCAGAGACGGCCGCAUCCUGCUCGCCGGCGGAGACAGCGGCUCCAUCCAGGCCUUCGACGUCAAGAGCCGCGCCAUCCUCAAGACAUGGAAGGAGCACAAGCAGCCCGUGUGGACGACCGAGUGGAACCCCGCCGACCUCACCAGCCUCAUGAGCUGCUCCGACGACCGCACCGUGCGCCUGUGGGACCUGCCCAGCGACACGAGCACCGCCACCUUCGACGGCCACCAGGACUACGUGCGCACCGGCGCCUUCAUGCCCGCCCAGAGCGGCCUGCUCGUCUCGGGCUCCUACGACCAGACGGUCCGCCUGUGGGACGCGCGCGCUGGCGGCAAGGCCGUCAUGGUCUUCAAGCACCAGCACCCCAUCGAGACGGUCCUGCCCAUGCCCUCGGGCACCGCCGUCCUCGCCACCAGCGACAACGCCAUCUCCGUCCUCGACCUUGUCGCCGCAAAGCCCAUCCACAUGCUGCGCAACCACCAGAAGACCGUCACCGCCCUGUCUCUCGCCAACAACGGCUCGCGCCUGCUCUCCGGCUCGCUCGAUGGCCACGUCAAGGUAUUCGAGACCAGCGGCUGGAACGUCGUCGGCGGCCUCAAGUACCCCUCGCCCAUCCUCUCCCUGUCCGUCGUGCCCAGCCAGAAGGAAGACAAGCACAUUACCGUCGGCCUGUCCUCGGGCGUCCUCUCCAUCCGCACCCACCUCUCUGGCGAGCAGAAAGCCCUUGCGCGCGAGCGAGAGAAGGAGAUGAAGGCGCUCAUGGAAGGUAACAUUGACGAGUACGACCGCAGCAAGAAGCGCAAGCGGGGCAAGGGCUGGGAGAAGCGCGUCCGCGGCAAGGACUUCACCGGCGAGAGCGCCGACAUUGUCAUCGAGGGCAACGCGCGCGGCAAGGUCACAACGGGCGCUCCCUGGGCGCACGCUCUGAGGCAAGCGCAGUACGCAAAGGCACUGGACAUGGUGCUUGAGUCCAAGGACAACAACGCACGCACCCAGUCCCUCUCGCUCCUCACCGCCCUGCGCCACCGCUCCGCCCUGCGCACCGCCCUCUCGCACCGCGACGAAAUCACGCUGCAGCCCAUCCUGCGCUGGCUGAUCAAGAACCUAUCCGACUACCGCAUCACGCGCCUGACCACGGACGUCGCCCUCGUCGUGCUGGACCUGUACGCCGACCAGCUGGGCCGCAGCGAGGAAAUCGACGGCCUCGUCGACGCCCUCAUGGCCCGCGUCCGCGUCACCGUCGAGGCGAGCCAGAUUGCCUGGAGCGUCCAGGGCAUGGUCGACAUGCUGACUGCGAGUGCCGGCGCCGAGGCUGCGGUCGAUGCGUGA